AUGGACCUUCUCGCAGAGUUGAUGGCAGAGCCGGUAAUACGACCUGCAGCAGUCACUGCAGUUUCUGCACCUCAGCCUACGAUAUCGAGCACAGAGGUACCAAACUUCACUCGCGGAAUAUCCGACCUCGCUCUCGAACAUCGAAGCACACCCAACAUUCCCUCCAAGACUCAAGCCCUCACCCAAUCGCUCACUACCCCAAAAUCUCAAACCCACAAUUCCGACUCCGACUCCGACGCAGGCGGCAUCCAAAUGAUUGACAAUGACUCCGACGACGAUUACUCUGGCGAACUCCAAGAAUUGUCGCAUGAGCCCAUCUCAGACGACGAUCUCUACUCUCCUUCCUGUCCAGACCAACGAGAAAACAGUAAAGUCCCCCUCGCCGCCGAGCAGAAGAGUCUCGGAUCUUUCCCUCGGAGGCUAUCCUCUUCCGCAUCCGGCUCAGGGGGGAGAGGAGGAAGAGUCAAAGCUUCAGAUCUGGGUUUAUAUUAA